UAAAAUUAAAACUGCUCAUCAAAGUGUGCCGCGAACAAUGGAUGAUGAUGAGACGGGUCCGUUUCAGUGCGUGUGGAGCGAAUCGGACGGGUUUCAUACCGCCACCCAACCACUCCUGCAGCAACAAUGUGCCCGAGCAGAUCACGGAGGAGAUGCGGUGAGAAGAAACCCUAAACCCCUCAGAGAGACACAUAUUGAUUGAUUGACUGACGCACUGGAGAGAGAUGGCGUUUGUGGAGGCCAUGGAUGCAUGGCUUGCAUGGGCCAGCUUAGUGUUCUGCCAUCCCGUCUCCAUUUUCCUCCAGCUUAAGGGAUGUUUGGUCUAUUUGGUGCUCGCCGCUGGUUGGGCUUAUAAUUCAGUAGUAAGGGCUCGGGAGCUGCAUCGGAUACGCGCGGCCGAAGCAGCGGGGAACGCCCUGGCAUUCCUGUACCCCAAUGUGGACGACUUGGAGCACUCAGCUCAAGCGAAGCUCCUGCGGGUGUCGGUGGUGAUGCCUUUGAAAGGAUUCGGGGAACAUAAUCUCAGCAAUUGGCGUAGUCAGGUAUUGUCCAUGUAUGGAGGACCUUUAGAAUUCCUCUUCGUGGUGGAGAGCAAGGAGGACCCAGCAUGUGAGGUGAUCUUGCAGCUGAUGCGUGAUCUGAAGGGUGAAGUGGAUGCAAAAUUACUAGUUGCUGGUUACUCUACAACGUGCAGCCAAAAAAUACAUAACCAGCUGGCAGGCGUGGAUGCCAUGCACAAGGACAGCAAGUAUGUACUCUUUCUGGACGAUGAUGUGCAACUCUGUCCGGGGAGCAUCGGUGCCCUUGUAGCUCACAUGAUCGAGCACCCUGAGAUUUUUGUGUUGACAGGAUAUCCUUUCGACUUGCCUUCGGGUAGUAUUAGCAGCUACUGCAUUUAUGAGUACCACCUGCCCUGUUCUAUAGGAUUUGGUUUUGGUCGGACUUUCUUCCUCUGGGGUGGCUGCAUGAUGAUGCAUGCAGAAGACUUCAGGACCGACCGAUAUGGUAUGGUCACAGGCCUACGGGAAGGUGGAUAUUCAGAUGAUAUGACCCUAGCUGCAGUUGCUGGAGCAAAUCAGCGCGUUAUCAGCUCACCAGAAAGAGCUAUUUUUUUCCAUCCUCUUGCUAAGGAUUUGAGUUUUUCCAGGUACUGGAAUUAUUUGCAGAAACAAACAAUUGUACUGGAAACGUACAAUACAACGUAUAAUUACUGGAUGAACCGCGGAUUGUUCUUUUUGCAUUGUUGGGCUUCUUGGAGCUUUGUAUUUCCAUAUCUCACCUCGUGUGUUCAUCUUCUGGUGGCGAUGCGGAUGUUGAUGGGAGCUUCCGCAGAACUUUACUCUUCGUGGACUACGGGUCUGUGGUUGACAGGGUGUAUAGCAACAGCGACCUUGAUUGAAUUGUCGUCUAUGCGUCACUUGUCAACAGUGGUGAUCGAUUUAAUCAAUGCAUUGUCACCUGGGAAGGAUCCAGUCUCGAUCAGUUCUUACAAUUAUGUCAAGGUCUUUGUAGCUGGAAUAGUGGGCAACUUCUUGUACCCAGUGUCAGCUGUUUACUCCCACGUGUUUCAGCACAUCGACUGGGCGGGGGUGCAGUAUUGGUUGGGCAAUGGAAACAUUUGUCAGAUUCAACGUGGAAGCAGAAGAUGGAGGGUCGUUGAAUCUUCGAAAUCUGGCUGGAGCACGGAGGAAAUACAUGGGCAGUUUCCAAACAAGUCUACAGUUUGGACGUUGCUUUCGGACUUACUUAUGAACCAAAGUUGUAAGUUGAAGAAUAGCUAAGUAGGGUCUUAUAUUAUUAAUUCAUUAAAAGAUUGGGUUGUUGUUAGAGCUGUAGGCAAGUUAGCUGCUGCAAACAUGGUGUUGUUUUGUUUCAGUUUAUUUUAUUUUUUGUCAUGAAAGCAUGACUUCCUGUAACAAAAUAUGACGAUAAUUCUCUCCCCUUCUAAGAAACUGGCGAUUGAUUGAGAAUUUACCUUACAA